AUGCAUCAUCUGGUACAAUCAUCAUUAAUGCGAAAGAAAUCGAUGGCUUCAUCAUUGCCGAAAAUUAUUCGCCAUCGUGAGUUGCAUGGAGAAGCAAGACAGCUUAAUCGCAUGACUUGUCGAGUGCGAUUAGAUCAGUUAGAAUGUCCAUAUCUAGUCGAAAUUUCAGGUGUAAAACGUUUGUUGGAUAUUACUCGAGAAUGUAUUUUCAUAGGUCUUUCGAAUGAUUCUCGCUAUGCAGUUGGCUUGCUCUAUUCAUUUUCUGACUCACAUCAUUCAAGUUCAAUGGGACAUGAUGAAGACGAAGCAGAGCUCAAUGUUAUUGUAUUUGAAUUGUCAGCAACAUUGCUUAGACCUGCUUUCAUUACAAUUUUCACAGCCUGGCCGAGUACUGCGAAAGUUUAUGCAACAUUCCCAUACAGCUCUUCACAUAUCUCAAUCGUCGGUUUUGCGAAACAAAACACUGAACCAAGGAACACAACUAUGUCAAGGCGAGACUUGGAGCCCUUUUCGGUUAUUGCCAAAGUUAAAUUUAUAUUAUUUCGUUUCCGUAUCACUAUCUCUUUGACCACAUGCCUUGUAAUGUCUUAUCGUUGGAAUGGCUUGAAAUUAUCGAAAGCAGUUUUGCGUUCAACGGAUCAUGGUGGUAUACUGAAUGGUGGAACUGCAUUAAUUUCAUAUCUGUUUACAAAGAAUUGUCCUCCUUUGAAAGCGGUUCGUAUGUCACGUAUGAUAGCGCAAGUAAUUGACCCAAAAAUAAUGGAUGGUGGUGAAACAGUAAUAUUUGAGGGAUGUAAUUCGCAAGAUAUUAGAGUGGAAGAUGCAACUGAACAUUGUGGAAACAUUGCUCGAAAAUACCAUUUAAAACGAGUUACUGUUGAAGAUAAGAAUCCUUCACCAGCAGGCCUAAGUGAACCGCUUUUCGUUACGGAAACUCUAAUGGAUAUUGAACGUUUGCUGUAUGAAAUUAUGCCUGUGGUUGUUUCUAGGAUGUAUGGAAAUUAUAAAUAUGAAGGUUUAAUCGAUUAUGAGAUAGAUCUAAUCGAUUGUGAACAAUAUAUAGCUAACAUUGUGUUAACUGCAGUUAUUGAAGCUAAAGGACCUGGUGAAGGGGGUAGAAAUUCUGCUUACAUUGUUGUACUUUAUAUCGUGUGGAAUACUUUUGAGGGUACGCGUCAGAUAUCUUCCUUUAGAGGUAUGCGUUUGGUUCCCUGGACAAUUGCUCAUCGUCCUGAUCAAUGGUACCCGUUUAAAACCAUUCUGAAAAAGGAGCUUAUACCGGAUGAACGAGUUAUAUCCAACAUUCCAUUUCUGAAUGGUGAAAGUUUGGGUUUUUUGGCAUCAGCUUCACCAGGAAUUACUGUUUGGAAAGAAUUUACUUGCCGAUCCAAAAUUACUUGA